AUGACAUGCUACAGAGAAGGAGUCAGUAAUGUUCAUCCUCGGCGCAAAGGCCAGACGUUUGAUCUCCCCGUCGCGUUCCCGCUUCCGUCGGCCAGCUGCGUCGUCUCGGGAUAUCAACUAGUGAAAGAGUCGGUCAGCAAGAAGGAAUGCUAA